UUUGCAGUUAAAAAUUGCAGAAAGUCAAACGGGUAAGAAAGGUAACAAUCAGCAUGGUGAUAAGCAUCGAUGUACCGCUCAAAGCGUCGGAGGAAGCGACUGUGAAGUUCCUAUUAGGAAUAGUUUUUGGUUCUCACAAGAAACUCGGCUUGCAAUCAAAUCGUCGUGAGUGCUUCAGACACGAUGUUCUUCAAGCAAGCAAGCUCAUUCAGUGGAUUCUCAGUAACGAGAGGAAAAACAGAAGAUCUCUCUCCAUUGCGUGUAAUUUGGUGUACGGAAACACCAUAGUUCUCAGUACUCAAGUUGCUCGACUUCUUCAAGAUGCAAUUCGUGCUCGAGAGAUCGUCGCAUUCACUUCGUACCUCGCGGAAGAAGAUGAGAGGAAACGAAAAACUCGUGAACAGAUGGAAGGUGACAACUCUAAAACACCAAAGAAGAAGAGAAGAACGAUGGUUGAGGAAUUUCCUCUCACUCCUACCCCGAUCAGUGUGGCUCUAAAACAAAACAUUACAAUGCCAGAUGUUCUCAGUCUUCACAAGAACGACCAAAUUAACGUUGAAGACGAUUUGGCUGCACCAACAAUGGAACAACUUGAAAUGAUGUACGGGAUGUUGGAAUCAGAAAAUCGGAACACAGCGAUUGAUUUAACAUUCAUCGAUCGAUAUUCCUCCAACGAUUGCCGUCAAAAUGUUCAUAAUCUGAAUUUGGAGACUGAUUUUCAACGCCCAUCUGAUGACUUUAUCCGGAGCCAGCUCAUGACACCUACCAAAUCUAUUCCACAAGAAGAGGAAUUUCAACCAGCCACACACCUGAAGGAAAUGCUUCUUUUCCGCCAACUCCCCAUCACACUAGACGAAACUGAGAGAAGAAGAAGCAUGGAAGAAGAAAUGGAGGAAGCGAGGAACUCUGGAAUCAACACCGAGUUUAUUCCGCCACAACAAAUGGAUGUUCCACGACUUGUCUCGGAAAACAUGGAUCUAGAUGACGAAGUUUCGAUUCCAAUAAGAAUUCCCAAAGUUCCUCUUAGUGCUACAAAGAAACAAACGUCUGAGAACGAAGGAGCAGAAGAAGGGAUCAAUUAUAAAAUUCCAUUAAGAGAAAUGCAUCACAUAAUGGAAGAUUAUUCCAGUCUUCACUUCAAAGACCCGGAGCCUCUAUACCGAAAGACAAGCAAAGUGAUGAAUUUAAAAGAGCUGUUGAACCCAAUUCCUUACUUCCUUCGAAAAGGAUGCAAUACAGACAUGUGGGAUCUGUUCAAGGUGAAAACGAGGAAGUUUGAUUCCACAAUUGGCCACGAUGUAUCUGAUACUGAAGAAGAGGACGAAGACGAGGAGACUGAGAGAAGAAAUCGACUUAAAGCUGAACUUGAGCCCUUGGAGACCAUCGACUUGUCACAGAUGAAGUUCAUGACGACUCCACUGAAGGAUAAAAGUCCUAUAUUGACUCCAGUGCAUCGACCGGAAGAAAUUGAGUUUCGUGAAGAGCUCGAACUUCCACGGUUUGAACAAUUUGAGCCGAUGAAUGUGAAUCCGAUUUCUCCAAAAAUGGAAGAGCCGGCGCUAUUUGAAGACAACUGGAACUCCAAACCGACGUGGUCAAAUACAAGUUCUGAAAACAUUGCGGAUGCGCUCACCAUCCGUGGGAAUAUUAUUCGCCAGCUGGAUGAUAAAAGCCCCUUCGAGGUCACUCUGGAUUCGAUGAUCCCGGUUGCUGCGACAUCUCGACGAGAAGCUGCUCGGACAUUCUAUACAGUUCUUGAGCUCCUCAAAGAACGCAAGAUUAAGGCCACUCAACGUGCUCCGUAUGAAAAUAUCGAUUUGCUGCUAUCAACGGAUGAUAGUGAAGAUAUCGACGAUCUGGCAAUGGCUGAUUUCUAACUGCACACUUUUUCCUUUUUCUGAUGUCCUCUUUAGAUCUGCUAGUUAAUUACUAUUAUUGUAUUUUAGAAUUUUUAUCUUAGUAGUGUAGCUGCAUUUAGAAUCAUAAUUAUUUCUCCCACUUGUAAAAUCUUUCUGUCCAUUUUAAUUUUUUUUCCCUUCGUGGCUCUCAUGUUCAGUUUCCAUCGUGUCUCAUUCCUAUUCCCAGUUUUUUUCUAGAUAAAAACUCAUUUCGUUCGAAAAA